GUCGCGCCGGUGGUACUCUUCCUUCUACUCGUCUCCGUCCUCCCCCUCCUCCUCUCUUCCUUCUACUCGUCUACGGCGAUCUAGUCAGCGCACACCUCUCUUCUUCUUUUUUGUCCAUUCUCUGUGGCCUCCACGUUGCAGAGUUGAGUCCGUUCAGCUCAGCAGAGGUGGGGAGUUGCCGCUCGGUGUUCUUCAGGACGAUGCUCUUCUCCAGCUCGCGCUCUCGAUCCACCCAAGCCAGAACCGGAUCUUUUCUUCACUAGUUCACCUUGGGUUACUGUUGCAAAGGACUCUGCCAAUUGGAUUUGAAGGAGCUGUUAUUCAAGGUGCCCUUCUGCUUCUGCUUCUGCUUUGGAAGGAAGCGAUGCAUAUGCGCAUAGUAAUUUCAAGCCAAGGACAAUGCUAUAGUCGUCUGUAGAUCAGAGUGCAAAGACAAAAAAGAAGGGUCGAGGUAUGGAGGUCGCCGCUGGGGCGAUGAUCCCUGUGCUCCGUAAGCUCGGUGAGCUGCUCGCUGGAGAAUACAACCUAGAGAAACGAGUAAAGAAAGGUGUACGAUCGCUCCUUACAGAGCUGGAGAUGAUGCAUGCCGUGCUCCGUAAGGUUGGCGAGGUGCCACCGGACCAACUCGAGGAGCCGGUCCGUAUUUGGGCCGGCAAGGUUAGAGACGUCUCUUGCGACAUGGAAGACGUUGUUGACGACUUCCUGGUGUGUGUGGAUGAGGGUUCAAGUAGCAAGCCAAUGAACAUGAGGAAUCAAGUCAAGAAGUUCCUCAAAAAGACCACCAAACUGUAUGGUAAGGGCAAAGCACUUCAUCAAAUCUGUGAUGCCAUUGAAGAAGCUCAGGAUCUUGCCAAGGAGUUGGCGGACCUGCGUAAAAGGUACGAGCUUGACGUUCAUAGCACUAGCAAUCAUGCUACCAUUGACCCUCGGGUGUUAGCUCUACACAAAAAUGUAGAGGAGCUUGUUGGGGUUGACCGCACAAGGGAUGAGCUUAUCAAAACACUGAUUUGUGAGGACGGGAGUUCUAAGGACCAAUUGAAGACAAUCUCUAUUGUUGGUGUUGGUGGGCUGGGCAAGACUACACUCACCAAAGCAAUUUAUGAGAAGAUCAAAGCCCAGUUUGAAUGUGCGGCUUUUGUCCCCGUAGGUCAGAACGCAGAUAUCAAGAAAGUUUUCAAGGACUUACUCUAUGGACUUGACAAAGAAAAGUUCAAUGACAUUCAUAAUACAGCAAAGGAUGAAAAUCUACUCAUCAAGGAAAUCAAUGAAUUCCUUAUGGAUAAGAGGUACCUCAUUGUAAUUGAUGAUAUAUGGGGAAAAGACAUAUGGAAAUAUAUAGAUUGUGCUUUGUAUAAAAACAAACUCCAUAGUCGGGUAAUCACAACUACCCGCAAUGUGAGUUUGUCUGAAGCAUGUCUCUCUUCCAGUGAUGACAUGAUUCAUAGAAUGAAACCUCUUUCUGAUGAAGACUCGCGAAUACUCUUCCAUAGAAGAAUAUUUCAAAGCGAGGACAAAUGUCCAAAGUUGCAGGUAGUAUCAAGAGAGAUCUUGAAGAAAUGUGGUGGUGUACCAUUAGCCAUCAUUACAAUAGCUAGCCUACUUGCUAGUAAUCAACGGGUAAAGCAAAAAUAUGAGUGGAUGCAUUUGCACAAUUCGAUUGGCCGUGGAGUUACACAAGGUGAUAUUGUGAAGGAGAUGAACAGGAUAUUAUCACUCAGCUAUUAUGAUUUGCCAUCUCAUCUGAAGCCUUGUUUAUUAUAUCUAAGCAUCUUUCCUGAAGACUUUGAGAUUAAUAGAGAUUGGCUGAUAUGGAGGUGGCUUGCUGAAGGGUUUAUCCAAUGUGACAAAGAAGAAACCAGGCUGUUUGAGAUCGGAGAGAGCUACUUCAAUGAGCUCAUGAACAGGAGCUUGAUCCAGCCAGCGGAAAUCAAUGAUGAAGGAACGGUAGUAACUUGCCGUAUACAUGAUAUGGUGCUUCACCUUAUAUGCUCACUGUCAAGUGCGGAAAAUUUUAUCUCCAUAUUGAAUAAUGCUGAGUGGCAUGCACCUAAUCUGCAAAGGAAGUUUCGCAGAUUAUCACUUCAUAAUAUCAAGGCAAAGGUUCAGAACCAUCAGUUUGAUAGCACUAGCCUGUCAAAAGUGAGGACCUUUGCUGUUUUUUCUCCCGUUGCUUGUGAUUGGUUGCCAUCUCUCUCAAGCUUCCAAUUUUUACGUGUGCUGGAUCUUGGAAAUUGUGGCAGCCGUGAAAGUAGCUCUGGUCUCAACCUCAAGUAUGUUGGGAAUUUGAUUCACCUAAGGUACUUAGGGCUCAAGGGUGCAGAUGUUCACGAACUCCCAGUGGACAUAAGCAAGCUGCAGCUUUUGCAGAUACUGGACAUACAAGGAACUAGAAUAAAUGAGUUACCUGCAAGUAUUGUUCAACUAAGAAAUUUGAUAUGCCUAUCUGUCGAUAGUGGCUUGAGGCUGCCAAAAGGAAUGGGGAACUUGAUGUCCCUUGAAGUGCUGGAACGAGUAGGCUUAUCCUCAUCUCCUCACAUUGUGGAAGAGUUGAGGCAUCUGACAGAGGUUAUGACACUCAGUAUUAACUGUGAUAACAUGGACGAGGAUCUGAUUGAUAUAUUAAUCAAGUCUCUAGGCAACCUGCACAAAUUGCAAAAUCUGCAUAUUGAUGAUGGUGGCAGAUUGAUAGAUUGCAUGUGUGAAAGUUGGGUGCCCCCUCCAAACCUUCGUAGUUUUGAUUCAUGGGACCCCUUCUUUUUCUUUUCGUCGUUAUGCAGACUUCCAAAGUGGGUCAAUUCAAGGUCGCUUCCCCACCUCUCCAGCCUGGCCAUAGAUGUGGAAGAACUGCAAGGGGAUGACGUUCAGAUCAUUGGGAUGCUGCCUGCUCUUCGGUCUCUGCGACUUGCUGCAAAACGAGUGAUGGGAAGGUUGGUUGUGAGGGCCGAUGCAUUCCCAUCUGCGAGAUGCUGCAAGUUCUACGGGUUUCUGACUUGGCCAUGCCUUUUUCCACCUGGAGCUAUGCCAAGGGUUCAACACCUUGAGUUCUGGGUAUCUUAUUGGUCGAUCGCGAUUGGUGAGGUUGACUGUGGCAUGAACCACCUCCCUUCUCUCGAGCAUGUCAAGGUUACUCUGCAGCGUGAUAGGUUCACCGUUAACGGGGUCGAUGAAGAGGUGGAUAUAGCCAAGGCUUUGCUGAGGCGCGCAACAGAAGCCCAUCCAAAACGUCCCACCAUUGAAAUCUAUUCGACAUAAGUGCUCACAUUCCUUGCCGCCGGCCUUGAAUAAAAUCUUGGGAGCCAAAUACUAGUAAUUCGAUCAGUUGCCUUUCGAUAGGCAACAAACAAUUCAUUGCGCCGUGGCAGGCACCAGCAUCUCGUUUGAUUGGUGUACCGCUGCAGCUCCCGAUAAGCAAGGAUCAUUCUCUCCAACGUAUGUUCAGGCUCUGUCUUCCGCGUGUUGUUCUUGUUCAGGAUGAACUAUUUUAUUUUUUCUGCGUAUGCUUUCAGAAAUGCAGCACCUCAUUUCCUUCAUUCAGUCAAGACUCGGCACAAUGUAAGGUUGCAUUCAGUUGGCACUUAUUCAGUGUUGUUUUGUAACAGUACUACCUCUACGUUUGCAGCUUAUUCACAUACAGUGUUGUUUUGUUUUUAUCGUCUUAUAGCGAAGAGUUAAUUGAACUCGGCUUGUUGGCUUCUCUUGUCACUUAUUCAGUCAAGACUCGUACAAUAAAAAGCAGUUGGUUGAACUCC